AUGAGUGACGAAGAUACUGAAAGAAAGCGGCCUGGAGGCUCGCGACGCAGCCGUGGGCGCAGUCGCUGUGAUGAUCGGAGUACGCGAACGCGACAUACCCGCAGCCGCAGCCGCAGCCUACGCAGACCCCGCAACUCAUUGACACGGCUAAGUCGCAGUCGCAGUCGUCGUGAUGAUCGCGCUUCGCGGACAAGGCCUAGCCGCAGCCGUCGCCGAAGUUCGAGCGUCGAUAGCACUGAUUCACUGCGACAGCGAGAGCGGGAGCUCAGACGGAAAAGAGAACAGCUCAAGGUUCUUGAAAGUGAGGUACGUUGCAAACGUUCACGAAUAAACGACGAGCGUGAAGUGCGUUCUUUGCCAGCAUUGCGUGCCGCUCGUAGCCAAGCCCGUAGCAAAAAUACGCCACGAAACCACCGUCAUAUUCGUGAUCGUUGCCUAAGAACACCUGCUAAGGAACGCAGCCCUGACUUUGAUGGAAAUAAAAAUGAGAAGCAUAAAUCAACAUCAAGUUUUUUCGAUGAGUUUGUAAAGUUAUUAAAAUCAAAGACUGGGCAUAGUGAAUCGUUUUCUGGCUCGAGUUUAAAUAAUGUCAUACCUGAGUUUGACCCUAUGUCGAAAGAGCAGACAGUAAAUGUCUGGCUCGAUAAAGUCGAGGAAUGCUCAGAAAUUUAUAAAUGGAACGAUAAACAAACGAUUCACUACGCCCUGCCAAAACUUACUGGACUUGCGAAAACCUGGUAUCAGGGUCUACCCUCAAUUAAGCAUACGUGGACUGAAUGGAAAGAUUUAUUGAGAGAAUCUUUUCCAGCCACUGAAAAUUACGCUGAAUUAUUAACGGAUAUGCUUAAUAGACGGGUACGCCCUGGGGAAUCAUUUAAAAUGUAUUACUUUGCCAAAAUUAAUCUUUUGAAUAGAUGUAAGAUAUUUGGAAAGCAAGCUGUGGACUGUUUACUUUACGCGAUUGAUGACAGAGGUGUGCGCGUAGGCGCCCAAGCAGCUAAAUUUGACAAGCCUGAAGAUGUACUUGAAUUCUUUAAAACCAUAAAAUCGAAUAAUAGAAAUCAAUUAGAUAAUGCAAAUAACACGAACCGCGAUCGGCGUCCAGGUAACACAAAUAGUUCUUUAUCAAAGCCUAGUGAUGUUAACGGUAGCUCAACUAAAAGUAAUAGCCAGAAGGGAACUAUUAAGUGCUUUAAUUGUCAGGGUGUGGGACAUCCUAGCUUUAAAUGUCCCAAACCCCUAUUAAAGUGUACUACUUGUAACUUUAUUGGUCACGAUUCUCUACAUUGUACACUGACUCGACUCGACUCGACAUGA